ACGUAAAUCAUUAUACUUACACUCAACUUGAGAAUAUGAAGAAACAAAAAGAUAGCCAAGUAUCAUUAUCUUCUGAAACUGAUCAUCCAAGAAAGAUACGUCAUAUUACUACAGAUGCGGAAAAAGCUAUACUUGUUCAAUUAUUUGAAUUUGAAAAAGAAUUACCUGAAAUCGCAAUCUCAAAAGUGUUAUCUGAAAUUCAAACUGUUUCAUCAAACUGGACAGCCGAAAGAGUCAAAUAG